AGCUGUUCCAAACAGCUCGACUCUCUGCUUCAUCAUUAUGAUACUAUGGCCUAGGGCUCGAGAAUGGAAACUACACUGUGAGCCUCCAGUUUGCAGAAAUAGCUCUUGUAAACUCUAACACAUGGCAAAGUCUUGGGAGGCGUGUCUUUGAUAUUUAUAUCCAGGGGAAUCUUGUUUUAAAGGAUUUUGACUUACAAAAGGAAGCUGGUGGUGCCUCUUUUGUAGCUGUUCAGGAGGAAUAUAACAAUGUUCAGGUAUCACAAAACUACCUUGAAAUCCAUCUCUUUUGGGCUGGAAAGGGGACUUGCUGUGUACCUGCUCAAGGUACUUAUGGGCCUUCUAUUUCAGCCAUCAGUGCUACACCAGGGAACACUUAAUGAUGGGAGAGUACUUGCUGUGAAGCAACUGUCUGUAACAUCACACCAAGGAAAGAACCAAUUCCUAACUGAGAUUGCAACUAUAUCUUCUGUGCAACACUGUAACCUUGUGAAGUUGUAUGGAUGUUGCAUUGAGGGAGAUAAACAACUCCUUGUGUACGAGUAUUUAGAAAAUAAAAGUCUUGAUCAAGCAUUAUUUGGAAAAAGAACCUUGAAUCUCGAUUGGUCAACACGCUUCGAUAUAUGCUUGGGUGUGGCAAGAGGUUUAGCUUAUCUUCAUGAGGAGUCACAGCUUCGGAUUGUGCACAGAGAUGUGAAGGCUAGUAAUAUCCUGCUUGACUCUGAUCUCAUCCCCAAAAUAUCAGACUUUGGCUUGGCCAAGCUUUAUGAUGAUAAGAAGACCCACAUAAGCACGCGCGUUGCAGGGACUAUUGGGUAUCUUGCAUCAGAGUAUGCCAUGCGUGGGCAGCUUACAAAGAAGGCUGAUGUGUUUGCCUCCUCGUUUGGGAGGAGGGAAUAGAAUGGAAAGGAAAGAAAAGAAUAAUUUUAGAAUAUUCUUCCCUUCCUUUGUUUGGGAGUUUUAAUGGAGGGAAUGGAAAGUCCAUUCCCUUGUUUGGGAGUUUAAGUGGAAGGGAAUGGAAUGGGUAGGAGGGAACAUUUAUUCCUCUCUAUUAUUUUAAAACCUCAAAUUUUCAUUCCCCUCAAAAUUGGAAAGAAUGAGAGGGAAUGAAAUUAGAUUUAAUGAUUUUUUUACUAAAACUCCCAAAAUACCCUUAUAUAUUCAACCAUUUAUUUUAAAAUAGGGGUCUAACAGUAAUAUUGUCAUAAAAUGAUUCCAUUCCAUUCUCUCCAUGUUGCUCCCAAAAAAGAUUACUCACAUUCCAUUCAUUUUCAUUUAUUUCCAUUCCUUUAUUUUAAAAUAUCCUAUCAAGGUUACUUAAUUCCAUUCCAUUCCAUUCCUUUACUUAAAUACAUUCCAUUCCCUUAUCAAUUCCCAAAUGGGGCCUUGGUGUUGUGGCUUUAGAGCUUGUUAGUGGCAGGCCAAAUUCUGACUCAAGCUUGGAAGAAGAAAAGAUAUAUCUUCUUGAAUGGCUUGGCAGUUGCAUGAAAACAACCAUGAAGUUGAUCUUGUGGACUCUAAAUUAUCAGAAUUCAAUGAGGAAGGAGUAAAAUGACUAAUAGGAGUAUCUCUUUUGUGCACUCAAGCAUCCCCAACGUUAUGGCCAUCAAUGUCGCGUGUGGUGGCAAUGCUCUCUAGAGAUAUUGAAGUGAGCACUGUAACUUCAAGGCCAGGAUAUUUGACAGAUUGGAAAUGUGAUGAUAUAACCAAUGUAACCAAUGAGGGUGCAACUGAUACUAGCUAUUUCAACUCAUCAACAGCUAGUACAAGCAUUGUGGGUGAUGUAGGGAAUUCACUAGCAAAUGCUUCUAAACCUAUGAUUGGUGAUACUAUCAAACAGGGUCGAUGAGAAUUUGUCAUUAUUUUCCUUUUCUUGUGUGUAAACUAAAUAGCGUUUUGUACAUUCUUCAAAUCUUAAUCAUAUGUAUUUAUAGAAUCAUGGAUGUAAUUGUUUAGCA